UCUGAUGAUCACCAAACUCUCCAAAUCCAUUUCGAAAAAUUCUCCAAACGAAAUGAAUUCCUUCAAAAUCCUUGAUUUCUGAUGGCGAAUCUUUGUGGUGCGCUACUGAAUUUAUUGGAUCAUUGUAAAAACCAAACCUGUCAAAUCCAAGUAAUCCCACCCAAACAUAACAAAUCUUCGCAAUAGGUUGAAUCGAUUUCUAGGUAUUUCAUGAUUAUCUUCAGAGGAAUAGUGCAUUCGCAUCAUCUAUGAAGACGACACGGAUGGUUGGGACGACAGAUAGGUUUGUUCGGUGGAUAGGGCGAGAUUUGGUUCAGAUGGAAUGGCAGAUCCACCUAGCUUCGACAAUGAUCAGGCACUCAUUCUGUUGAAGAAAGGAACACAGCUAAUCAAGUAUAGCAGAAAAGGGAAGCCUAAAUUUUGCGCAUUCAGACUUUCUCCAGAUGAAGCAACAUUAAUAUGGUACUCGCAUGGAUCAGAAAGGAAGCUAACGCUAUCUUCUGUUUCAAGGAUUAUUCAAGGACAGAGAACUCCUGUUUUCAAAAGAUUUUUGCGUCCGGAGAAGGAGUACUUGUCAUUUUCAUUGAUAUAUAAUAACGGCGAGAGAUCUCUCGAUUUGAUCUGCAAGGACAAAGUUGAGGCUGAAAUCUGGAUUGCUGGUCUGAAAUCUUUAAUAUCAACUGGCCAAUCACGCAGUAGGCGUACCAACAGCAAUGUUAAUGAUUUGCAUGGUAGGAGUGAUAUCUCUCAAGAUAGUUGUGGAUUCGGAGCACUAGAUUGCACACCGAGUGCUUCUCGCAGAGUGUCCACCAAUUCUCGAGAUAGUAGCGUCAGUUCUUCAAGCUCACACGUGGGUUUUGAAUUUGCUAAUAUGCAAAGGACAAGUUGUGCAGAUGGUUUCCGGGUAAGUGUCUCGAGUAAUCCUGGUUGUUCAAGUCUGAGUUCUGGACCAGAUGACAUAGAAUCACUUGGUGAUGUUUUUCUCUGGGGAGAGAUCUGGUCGGAUGGAGGGGACACAGACGUAACUGGAAAACCUGUUCCAGUAAAGGUUGAUGUGCUGACUCCGAAACCAUUAGAAACAAAUAUAGUACUUGACGUGCACCAAAUUGCUUGUGGUGUUCGGCAUAUUGCUCUAGUUACAAGACAAGGUGAGGUUUUCACUUGGGGUGAAGAAUCCGGGGGUAGGCUGGGUCAUGGUAUCGAGAAGGACUUCAGUUGUCCUCGACUAAUAGAAUUUUUGGCGGUUACAAAUAUUGAUUACAUUGCUUGUGGAGAGUUUCAUACAGGUGCAAUCUCUUCAUCCGGUGAUUUAUACACCUGGGGUGAUGGUACCCACAACGCGGGGAUUCUUGGUCAUGGAAAUGAUGUUAGCCACUGGAUUCCCAAAAGAGUUUCUGGACUUUUAGAAGGCCUUCAAGUUCUGUCAGUUGCAUGUGGUGCCUGGCAUUCAGCACUGGCCACUUCUUCAGGAAAAUUGUUUACAUUUGGCGAUGGAAUGUUCGGAGCUUUAGGUCAUGGUGAUCGGAAAAAUGUACCUUUCCCAAAGGAGGUCAACUCAUUGAGUGGACUUAAAGCUAUUGCUGUUUCCUGUGGUGUAUGGCAUACUGCUGCUAUAAUAGAAGUUAGUAAUCAGUCUGGAUCAAAUGUUUUGUCUAAGAAGUUAUUCACCUGGGGUGAUGGUGAUAAAUAUCGAUUAGGUCAUGGAAACAAGGACACCUAUCUUACCCCAACCUGUGUAUUUUCCCUCAUUGAUUAUAACAUCCAGCAGAUGGCAUGUGGCCAUAACAUGACCAUUGCCCUCACAACAUCAGGUCAUGUCUUCAGUAUGGGAAAUAAUGCAUAUGGUCAGCUGGGCAAUCCUCAAUCCGAUGGAAAGGCUCCUUGUUUAGUACAAGACAGAUUGGUAGGAGAGUUUGUCGAACAGAUCUCCUGUGGCGCAGAUCAUGUUGUAGUCUUCACUACAAGAGGUGACGUAUUUACUUGGGGAAGAGGAGCCAACGGAAGACUAGGACAUGGAGACACUGAAGAUCGAAAUGUUCCCACGUUGGUCGAAGCACUUAAAGACAAGCAUGUGAGAAAUAUCUCAUGUGGAUCAAAUUACACGACGAGUAUAUGCAUCCAUAAGUGGGUGUCUGGAGUAGAUCAGUCGAUAUGCACAGCUUGCAAGCAGGCUUUUGGUUUUACUAGAAAACGACGUAGCUGUUAUAACUGUGGAAUGGUGCAUUGCCAUAACUGCAUUUCGAAGAAGGCAAUGAGAGCAGCUCUUGCCCCUACACCAGGGAAACCUCACCGAGUGUGUGACUCUUGCUACAUGAAACUUAAAAAGUCAGCAGAGACCGGCACUUCAUCAACUGUUAUUCACAGAGCAUCUGCUACUCGUCGUUCUCGGACAAACCGAGAGAAAAAAAGGUCACGGGUUCUGCUCCCCUCAGCCAUGGAGCCUGUUAGGUACCUCGAGAUCAAGUCUGGAGGUGGUGGACUGAAGGCUGAUAGCUAUUCCGUUGUUCGUGCAUCGCAAGUUCCAUCGCUUGUGCAGCUGAGGGAUGUUGGUUUCCCAAGUUCACUCAGUGCUCUUCAAUAUGCUUUAAAGCCCGUUAACAUAUCAUCAUCACAGCCUCAGCCACAAUAUCAGUCCAUUUCAAGGCCUGCUUCCCCAUACUCGAGAAGGCCCGGUACUCCACCUUCUUCUAAUCCAGUAUACUCUAGGGGUGUUAUUGAUUCUUUAAAGAUGUCAAAUGAUAUAUUAUCACAAGAGAUUGCCAAAUUGCAGAACCAAGCUAAGAAUUUAAGACAAAACGGUGAAACUAAAGAAAAAGAAAUCCACAAGUUAAUGAAAUAUGCAGAUGAUGCUACUCUAUUGGCUGCAGAUAGAUCUUUUAAAUGUAUCAGAGCAACGCAAGCCACCAACACCAUCACAGCUGAGAUGAAGGAGAUUAGAAAAAAAUUGCCCCCGGAGAUAUCCGAGGGUGAUUUUUUCCAAAACGUGCACGCUGAAAUCGAGUCUCUUCUGGAGACAAUACGUAUGCUAGUAUCUGAAGACAAUUCUACUUUUCCAGCAUAUCAAAAUCAUUAUGAGAAUACAGCAUUGCGCGGUGAAUUAGCUGUUUAUUCUGCUACUACGGCUACACGUCAACCCAGCUCAGAAAAUGUCCCAGGGACUCCAGAAUUUGCUCAAAUGGAGGGACAAAGGGAAGUUACCGAACAAUUUGAACCAGGUGUCUAUGUAACAUUCAUCCAACUUGCAGAUGGAACCAAGUUAUACAAGGGGGUUAGAUUCAGCAAGCGAAGAUUUGCCGAGCAGCAGGCAGAAGGAUGGUGGAAAGAAAACAAGGAUAGAAUGCUAAAGAAAUACAUUCCUAAUAAACGAACUAGGCCAUCGUCGGAGGCACUUCCAACUCUAACCGAUCAAGAUAACCCGGAAGCGCACGAAACAAACUAGGCGCCAAAUCUUUCGUUCUAUAUAGUUAUGUUAGAUUUUAUAGGGACUAGUUAUACAGUCUCAUUCAUGGAAGUGCACUGAUACCUAAAGGAGAGACUAAUUGGUGAGACGAGGUAUAGCAUACUAGAUAUUUAUGUUGAUCUCCUUUUAAUUCACAUUUUCGAUGUAGGACAAUUACGUGUGAAUAUUUCAUCCGUACUCCUCUAGUAAAUUGAACAUUUCUUU